UUUCUUUUUGAUCGAAAGGUGACAAGAAAUUUUAGAAAAGAUGGACAUAAUUGGCAAAGGAAAGAGAAUGGAAAAUUGGCAAAGGAAGGUCAUAAGAAGCUCAAGGCUGGAAGUAUUGAUGUUUUGCAUUGCUACUAUGCCCUUGGGGAAGAGAACAAAAAUUUUCAAAGAUGUUGUUAUUCAAUGCCCGAAAAGUCAAUCUAAAGAGCACAAUCUUGAACUGAUUGAUAAAACUGGCACAGCCAAAUGCUGUCUUGAAACAUGGAUGUACUACAUAAUUUGCUUAUUCUUUUACGUUAUGAACUGGGGUGAUAAAGAUGUUCCGGUUUGUCAAGUGCCUGAUUUAUGCUAUAUUUCCUCCCACUCUCUCAUCUUGGGAAGAAUGGAAGAUUUUAGUUGUGUUAAAAAGACUGAAGGAGAAAUUCCUCAUUCCCAGGUAAUUGAAAAGAUUAUGUUCAAUUCUGAGAUUGACGGUUCUUUGUCUUCUGGUUCUCGUCCAAAUAAUUGCCUAGAACCCUCAGAAAAUACAGAUAGGUAUCUGGAUAGUGCACAGCCAUUGGAACGUGAAAAUGCUCAAUCAGAAGUUUCAGAAAAUACAGAUAUGUGUCUGAAUGGUGCACAGGCGUUGGAAUGUGAAAAUGCUCAAUCAGGUGUACCUCUCUGUUGCCAUGCUCCUAUACAUGAGGCUGGUAGGGUUCCUUUCUGUGUUAUGUCCCGCAAUAGAUUAGCUUGUAAUGAAGUGCGAGAAUUCGAAUACCGAGUCAGUCAGCCCCAAGAUAUAAAUGCUGCUGAAAACUUUAGUGACAGUGCCAAUGCAAUUCUUUUUUCGCGUUUUGAUAAAAUACUUAGCCUAGGCUCCAGUUUUACUAAUUCUGUCAGCAGCAGUUUAGAGGUUGUAUCCCAGGAGCAAGUGCCUCCGAAGACACUGAAAGGGAAGCUGCGUCAAUGGCUCUUAAAGAAGGUAGCUGAAGGAGGUUAUGCCUCUAGUAUAUUGGAUGAGGGUGGCCAAGGUGUUCUACAUUUGGCAGCUGCACUUGGCUAUGAUUGGGCUUUGGAGCCUACUAUAGUUGCCGGUGUAAGGGUUGAUUUCUGUGAUGUGAAUGGAUGGAGUGCACUUCACUGGGCAGCAUCUUGUGGCAGAGGGAACACAGUGGCUACCCUCAUUUCAUUGGGUGCAGAUCCUGGAGCAUUAACAAAGCAAUCACCAGAAUAUCCUUCAUGCAGAACACCUGCCGAUCUGGCCUCUGCCAAUGGACAUAAAAGAAUUGAUGUAUACCUUGGAAAGAGACCUUUGGCUGCAAUUUGGGAAGUUUGGCGAAUGAAAGCUGAAUUUAUGCCAAGGGAAGCUGAAUUUAAGCGAAGGCAAGCUGAAUUUAUGCAAAGGCAAGCUGAAUUUAUGCUAAAGGAAGCUGAAUUUGAGGCUUUUCUGAAAGCCCAAAACCUGAGUAAGAAAAUGAAAGAGGAUGAAGAAGAGGACGAGGGGCCAGACAACGAAGGGCGGAGGGCCGGAGAAGGACGAGGGACCGGGGAAGGAGAAAGAAGAGGGAAAGAAACGAGCACCAGACUCUGCUUUGGAGAGUGGAAAGGCACACAAGAUUUUGAAGGCAUAUUUAGCAUGCAUGGCUCUGUUGACCGCAUAUUACGUUGUGCAAAGCAUGGAGACAAUCCAAAUGCUUGUAUUGGUAUGUGUUGAGGCUUCUGAAAAAACUGGAGAACGAAAGCUUUCCUAUAUUGAUCAUGGAUUUGAACUGUCAGCGAUUCCCGUAUAAGGAAGGAAUUACCGGCGGAGUAAGUGUGUGUUUUUGUAUAUGUUGGUUUUACCUCCAUUGAUCUGUUUGAGCAGGAGUGAUGUUGAUGUAGGAGUAGGUUUUGGGGGAAUUUACAAGGGAUGAAUAUAGGAUUUUCUUUGAGAUAUGAUUGCUCAAGUAAACAGUAACAAAUGAUUGUACACUUG